AUGUGGACGGCGUGGAGGCAGCACAUCCUCAAAACUGGCACCACGUGGAUGUUUGUCGCCAUUACAUUAACCCACAUCCUUUGCGCCCGGAUCAGCGAAGUCCUUUGCCUCAAAGCCAGCGACUUUAGAUGGAGCGCGCGUUCUGUCACUAUAGCAGCCUUGAAACGUCAACCGCAGGUGAACAAGACGCUGAUGACCGCCAUUUUGCCAACACUCCGAGCUUUGAAGAAGAAGGGCAAGACGGUCAAGCGCAAGAGGAGUUGCGGGGUCCGCGGCGAUGUGGUAUUCAAAGACACUUGGGUAUGGCCUACGGGACAACAGUACCUCUUCCCUGAUCGUACUGGCACAUCACAUGUGAAGAAAGACAUUGUUUGCCACGCCAUCAAGAAAUUGAGGGAGUCAUUCCCAGUCCAUGGAUCCGAAAAGAUCAGAUCACAUUCAGGUCGUCAUUCAAUGAUCAACAUGCUCAAGAAGCACAAUGUACCGGCAGAUGUUGGGAUGAGCUUCGCAAGGAUCUCGCACAAGCGUACUUACGACCUGUACGGCCAGCUGAACCAGCUGCAGGCAGGCCAGGCGUUGAACGCCAACAAGGGCUUGAAAAGGAGCUUGCAAGACAUGUACAGCUGA